AAUGAUUACAAUAGAAACACUGCUCUAAAUAUCUGUUCUAAUAAUAGUACUAGCUGUGUUGCUAUAAUUCAUACAGAUAUGCUCUUGUCAUAAAUCUUGGAGAAUAGAAAAGAAAGAUGAUGUGUGAGCUUUUUGGGGGAGGGAAGCUGUCCUAAAUUAAAAUCAGUAUUGUUGGACUGUCUGCUUUGGCCUGUGUGGAAACCAGAGCUGCUGGCUUUGGAAGACAGAUUGCUGUUGUGACCUGGUGUGUGCUGGUUGACCUGCAGCCUGCUUGUACAGGGACUUGUAAUUGUUUUCUCUCUCGCUCUCUCUCUCUCACACUCUCUCUCUCUCCUCUCUCUCUCUUUUUCUGUCUCCGCAGGACACUGAUCUUCAUGUGACAGUGGGUUGGCAAUGGCAACACUCCGGCCCCUCCCAGUGUCCAGCCCCUGAGGAGGUUGCUGAGGUUAGCAACAGAAAGCACGAUUGGACAGAAGAAGUGGAAGAAGGAGAGAACCAAACAACCUUCUGUAGAGUGACAAUACAUUAGAGUGAACCUGAACUCACUUCUUCAUUUGCUCUGUAGUUGGCAGUGGGACCAUUUCCUGGGCAUCGGGUAUAUAAACAGGAAGUGGUUAGUGGUGGUGGGGCCUGCUAAUAAUUAAAGGGAUAGGCUUGCUGGUGGAGGGGGAGUGUCUGCACGUGUAGCGAUGCGUGUAGAGACGAGGAGGCCCCUUCCCUGCUACCUGACGCGGACUCUGGCUGUGACCUUCAACGUGCCCCCGGCCCCACCAUGCUGAACAAUGCCUCCCUGGUCUACAUCGCCCUGGAGCUGGUCAUAGCCUGUCUGGCCGUGACCGGUAACAUACUGGUCUGCUGGGCCGUGUGCCUCAACAGCACCUUGCAGAGCAUCACCAACUACUUUGUGGUGUCCCUGGCGGUGGCAGAUAUCGCUGUGGGCUUGCUGGCCAUCCCCUUCGCCAUCACCAUCAGCACGGGCUUCUGUGCCAACUUCCAUGGCUGCCUGUUCAUCGCCUGCUUCGUGCUGGUGCUCACCCAGAGCUCCAUCUUCAGCCUGCUGGCCAUCGCUGUGGACCGCUACAUCGCCAUCAAGAGUCCCCUCAGGUAUAACAGUCUUGUGACGGCUGGGAGAGCGAAGGGCAUCAUCACAGUGUGCUGGGUUCUCUCUGUGGGCAUCGGCCUCACGCCCAUGCUGGGCUGGAACAUUGGUGUCAAUGUCACCAACAGCAGCUCGUGCCCCAAGGGCAUGACAGAGUGCCUGUUCGAGGGUGUGGUCACCCUGGACUACAUGGUCUACUUCAACUUCUUUGGCUGUGUGCUGGUGCCCCUGCUGGCCAUGCUGGCCAUCUACGCCCGCAUCUUCAUGGCAGCGCGACGCCAGCUGAGACUGAUGGACCUGAAGCUGGCUCACAUGCACGCCCCUGGGGCAGGCUCGUCAUCCACAUCGUCCCGCUCCACCCUGCAGAAGGAGGUCCACGCAGCCAAGUCUCUGGCCAUCAUCGUGGGGCUGUUUGCCCUCUGCUGGCUGCCCCUGCACAUCAUCAACUGCUUCAACCUAUUCUGCCAGGACUGUGGUCGCCCGCACAUCUGGGUGAUGAACAUCUCCAUCAUCCUGUCCCACGCCAAUUCCGUGGUCAACCCCUUCAUCUACGCAUACCGCAUCCGGGAGUUCCGCCACACCUUCCGCAGGAUCCUGCAACAGCACAUUUUGGGGCACCAGGAGGGGCAUCGAGCUGGGGGAGGGGGUGGCAGAGGGCUGGGUGGCAGCAGCAGUAUCAUGCGUGCCUCUACUCGCAUCAGCAUGGUGGACAGCUUGUGUGGCACCAUGGUGAACAGUUAUGCCCUGGAGCCCUGCCCCAAACUCAGCCCCACUCGGUCCUCCAUAGAGACCCAUAGAGCUGGGAAAGAGGCUUACUCUGCCUCCUGCCAGUGGUCACCACCACGGUCAGACCCUUCACCAAUCAGCUCCAUCAAAAAAGAACACCACAAAGGGGAUGCCCCAGUGUCUCCCAAGCAGCAGCAAUGCAACAUGGGAUGUGAGGUCCAAAGUGGGGUUGAGACUACAACAGAGUUGAUGGAGGUGAAGGACAGUGGGAACAUAUCCUUUGUGCACAUCAGGCCUCUGUCCCCCACACUAACCAGCCCUAACCACACAGUAGAACUCACUGAGGUGUCAUGACAUAGUUAUCCCCAUGAUGGACAAGUUACUGAUACCCCAACGUACAUCAUCAACUAGGAGGGGGAGAAAUGAGGGACCAGGCUAAAAGCAUGUUCCCUUCAACUGUAAAAUAAAUUCUACCCAAAUAUUGGAAAUGUUUGCACUGACUAGAAAUAGCUUUUCUUUUUUUUAGGGGGGAGACUUCUUAGCCUUAAAGGGCAACAACAAACUGGUAUUAAAUUACGCCCAGCCAUUGAGCUUUUUUCUUUCUUCAAAUGAUUGUGUCUGUUGUUCUUGUUUACUUAUCACAUAACUGUUAUUGGUGGACACAUUUUGUAUACAUUAUCUCUGAGGCUCUUUACUGUAGGCUAACAGUCUUUCAGAAUUGAAAAUGUAUGACAUUAUAAAUGAAUGUACUCGUCUACUGAACACCUGUCGUAUGCUGACAGAUUAUGACCGAAACCAUAUUGACCCUGGCCACUGUGCAAUACUGUAUGACUCAAUAUUCGGUAUUGCUGGCCAACCACUACUGAGGUAAUGUAACUACUGUAUGUCAGUGUGAGACUUUAUGCUCUCCCUUUUGCAAUGAAGUAUUCCUCCAAUUGUGACAUAUCAUGUUUUCAAAUGCUGGUCCCUUGUGUGAUUACUUGUCAGAUUAUUAAAAGUCCUAAAUAAGCUCUAUUA